GCCGUGACACCCGUCGGUGACCGCGGCGGGGCUUCCCCCUCGCCUGCUCUCCCCUCCUCUCCCCACAGCGAUUCCUGUCGAAAUGCGGCGCCCCGCGCUGGUAUGAGCCCCCGGGCCGGGAGGAGCGCGCCCCGGGCACCGCCGCUUUCCCUGGCCGGGGCUCGGUGUCGCCAAGGAAGGGCUGUCGCCGGCCGGCCGCGGAGCCGCCGCUCGCAGCAGCGCCGGAGGCGGGACGGACGAUAUUUUUGUGAAUGGAUUCAAGCCAAGAACCUCUACCCACAGCUGCCAACCCUGGCAUCCGUACUGACCUGCUGGCUCCAGGUUUAGCACACUGGAAGCAUGGCUACAAGUGCCGUUCCCAGCGAAAACCUCCCCACGUACAAGCUGGUGGUUGUUGGAGAUGGUGGUGUGGGGAAGAGUGCUCUCACCAUUCAGUUUUUCCAGAAGAUUUUCGUGCCAGACUAUGACCCAACUAUUGAAGACUCCUACCUGAAGCACACAGAAAUAGACGGGCAGUGGGCAAUUCUUGAUGUUCUGGACACUGCGGGCCAGGAGGAGUUCAGUGCAAUGCGGGAGCAGUACAUGAGGACCGGGGAUGGUUUCCUCAUAGUCUACUCAGUGACAGACAAGGCGAGCUUCGAGCACGUGGACCGGUUCCACCAGCUGAUCCUCCGUGUCAAGGACAGAGAGUCCUUUCCAAUGAUUUUGGUGGCGAAUAAGGUUGAUCUAAUGCAUUUACGGAAAAUUACAAGAGAACAGGGAAGAGAAAUGGCAACAAAACAUAACAUUCCCUAUAUAGAAACUAGUGCCAAGGACCCACCUCUGAACGUUGACAAGGCCUUCCAUGAUCUCGUGAGAGUAAUAAGGCAACAGAUCCCAGAGAAAAGCCAGAAGAAGAAGAAAAAGACCAAAUGGCGAGGGGACAGAGCCACGGGCUCCCACAAACUCCAGUGUGCGAUUUUGUGACGGGACACCCUGGGAGUGCCUUGGACGCCUCCCUCCUCCCCCCUUGACUCGCCGCCAGCCCAGGCGAGGAGCAGCAGUGUGGUGCCAGCGCGGCCCCAUCACCCCCUCGGGGUCCCUGCAGUGGCUCAGACUUGGAGGAGGCGGCUCGAAGGGUCUGGACGUCCCCCCCGAGGGGGCUGCGCCUCAGGGCCAGCGUGGGAGCUGCACGAACGGGAGGCGGAAGGGAUCGGCAGGGCCUCGACUCUCGAACAUCCCCAGAGCCUUCCAGGGGCCUCCAUGAUGUUUAUUAAAAAAAAAAAAAAAAAAAAAAAAAAAAAAAAAAAAAAAAAAAAAAAAAAAAAAAAAAAAAAGGAAGAAGAAAAAAAAAAGGAAAAAAAAAGUGUUGGUUUUAUCUGCAAAACAUUUCUCCUUGUGACCCAUUUCUGAACAGCCAUGAAUAGCCCCCCUGUUUGGUACAGUCAUCUGUGUAUGUGUGGGGGAAGGGAAAGGGCUUUUCUUUCGCUAAUUUUUUUUUUAUCCUCUUCUUCUUUCUCGUUUUUUGCUCAGUGAGUGUUGGGUUGCAAAGAAACAAUGGCCAGGGUUAGACUUUUUGCACUGAACUCUCUCUUGGGCGGCAGUGCCAAAACACGACUUCAAUAUGAAAGUGCAUAGAUUUGGAGGAAGAAAAUUAAUUCCAGCUGCUCUGGGUGCUCCAGACAUUGUGUCAGACUCUGGAGGGCUGCCAGCUCACAGACCAUAAACUCCAGCUUAGGAAAGGAGGUUUGGGCUCGGAUUAUAUUUUUUUUUCUUACCCUUUGUCAAGAGGUUUUGUUUCUGUUUUGUAACUUGGGACAUGUCAAACUUAAGGUGUUUUGUUAACCUGGAAGUAUUUAAAUUAAAGUAAUUUACAAAUGGAA